UUCUUUAUUUUUUACAUAAACAAAGUUACUUAUCUUACCUAGAAGGUAGUCGCAAAUACAAACACAAAGGAUGUUGGAACACUGAUGGAGUCAACAAUAUAUUUCAGGAGAUUACUAUAAAGACAAUGGGGUGUAGACCCUAUAUAAACCUUGUUAUAAAUUGUCGAGACCAAACGUUGUCGGUAACUCAAGUAAAGCACAAGAAUAUCGCUUACAAUGGUGCAGAUGAAAUUCUUUUUUGUAUUCAUGGCUGUAAUGACAAUUUUUGUCCUGGCCGCCAACAUGGCAGAUGCCACCGAUUGCCCUUCUGGAAAAUUUAGUGGCCCCUGUUUCGCUUGGGAUGGAGAGCAGUGUAGACGCCUGUGCAAGGAAGAAGGACGCGUCAGUGGACAUUGCAGUGCCGGGUUGAUGUGCUGGUGCGAAGAAUGCUGAAGCAAGUCUUUGAAUUGUGCACACAUAUAAAUAUCAAAUAAAAUAUA